UGCCAAAAGCUCUCACAGAAUAAAAUACCCCGAUAACUUCGUACUCACUGUACUAAAAUUUGUUCCAUGGGACGGGGGAAGGGAGUAACAUUCUGGAUGUUUCUUGACAUCUUAGCCAUUCCUUUCUCGUGCGCACACUCAAUUUUCUAACUUGCAAUUCCGUAAACCCCUCUCCUGCCUAUACCCUUCAAGGCUUUAACUAUAAAGGUAGCCACUUCUGCAAAACCAAUCAGUACAAGUAUUAAAGCCUUGAAUGGAGAAUCAGUUGGGUCUUUUGAGAAUUCGUAUCAUCAGAGGCAUCAAUUUGGCCAUUAGAGACUUAAGAAGCAGUGAUCCCUAUGUUGUUGUUAGCAUGGGCAAAGAGAAAUUGAAGACCCGAGUGGUGAAGAGGAAUGUAAAUCCGGAAUGGAAUGAAGACUUAACGCUAUGUAUUGCUGAACCUAUUCUCCCAAUCAAGCUGCAAGUUUAUGACAAGGAUACAUUUUCUCGUGAUGAUAAUAUGGGCGACGCAGAAAUUGACAUUGUACCAUUUAUAGAUGCAGUAAGGACGACGCUCUUUAAGAACAUCCCCAAUGGAAUUAUAAUUUCCAGAAUAAUGCCUAGCCGGCAGAAUUGCUAUUCUGAAAAAAGCUGUAUUAUAUAUGAAAAUGGCAAGGUUGUCCAGAAUAUGUUUCUUAGGUUGAGGAAUGUUGAGUGUGGUGAAAUAGAGCUCCAGUUGCAAUGGACAGACAUUCAUAGUUCUAAGAAUCUGUAGGUAUUUCCAUUUCAGCUGUUGUGGCCAUUAUGUAGAUUAAUGCUUGCUCUGUUCGUUUUGAAUUUUUAAUGGCCGGCCUGUAAGAAAAGCUAGAUUUUGUAUUUAUCUAUAUGAAUAUUGACGUUCAAUUAAAUAAACUCGUACUUUUUUUAGCUUCUCA